UGGGCACAACCCCGAUAAACACACAGAUUAGUGUGUGCUGCCGUACUUCUCAGUAUUUCUCCCAGUUUAGAUCCGCGUUUCCCUUUCGCUGCUCCCCUCCGAUCCCCAAUAAGGCCGGCAGCAUGGAGGACACGCCGCCGCAGCCUCAGGCGGCGCACGCAUCUCCUCCGUUCCCGGCGAUCUUCACCCCUCCGAGCGCUCUCUCCUCGACGUCCUUGCGGGGCAGCCCCACCGUCCCCAGCCCCGCGCACUUCAGCACACCACCGGGCCCGCCCGUCUUCUCCUCGCCGCUGCGUCCCGCCGCCGUGCCAUUCCGCACUACCCCGAUCUCCCCUCAGGCGGUACCCUUCGCCUCCCGCACCGCCUCCUCAUCGUCCUCCGUCUCCCUCCCCACAUCCUCCGCGCCGCACACCAUGAACGGCGCGGCCACCCCUCACAGCCACGCGCCCUCCGUGGCGCCGUCUCUGGAGGACUCCAGCAUCGACUCCCCAUACGUCCUCUUCUCUGCCCGCAAGGUCCUGAAGCAGAAGAAACUGCUGAAUGCCCCUAGCUUGGGGUUCGGAGCUCUUGUUUCACCAGGGAGGGAGGUAUCACCAGGUCCCGAAGCCUUGGAGCGUGAUCCCCGCCGGUGCCUGAACUGUGGGGCUUAUGUGAAUUUGUACUGUGAUGUGUUGAUUGGCUCUGGGCAAUGGCAGUGUGUCAUUUGCAAAAAGCUGAACAGCAGUGAGGGGGAAUUUGUGGUCUCCAGCAAGCAGGACCUGGUUCAGUGGCCAGAGCUCGUGUCCUCGACUGUCGAUUAUGUGCAUCCAGGGAAUAGGCGGCCAGGCUUGAUCCCGGUGCCUGUCUUGAGGGUCUCUGGUCCCAUUUUUAUUCUCAUAGAUGAGUGUCUUGAUGAGGCGCACCUGCAGCAUCUACAGGGCUCCUUGCAUGCAUUUGUGGAUUCGCUCCCUCCUACAGCAAGGAUUGGAAUCAUCUCCUAUGGUAGAACUGUCUCUGUGUAUGAUUUUUCGGAAGGGGCGGCGGUGUCAGCGGAUGUGCUACCCGGUAGUAAGUCGCUUGCCCAAGAGUCAUUGAAGGUGCUAAUCUACGGGACAGGGGUGUAUUUGUCUCCUAUACAUGCUUCGCUGCCUGUUGCACACACAAUAUUCUCAUCCCUGAGACCCUAUCAGUUUGGUGUGGCGGAAGUAUCGAGGGACCGAUGCCUUGGUGCAGCGGUGGAGGUUGCCCUUGGUAUUAUUCAAGGGCCGUCAGCGGAGUUGUCUCGUGGAAUCAUCAAGAGAUCAGGAGGCAACUGCAGGAUCUUGGUGUGUGCUGGUGGCCCCAACACGUUUGGACCAGGAUCAACACCUCAUUCUGUUCAACACCCAAACUAUGCUUACCUGGAGAAGACAGCUAUGAAGUACAUGGAGAGUCUUGGUCAUGAAGCACGGAGACACAGUACCAUCGUUGACAUUCUUUGUGCUGGAACAUGCCCUGUGAGGGUUCCUGUCCUACAGCCACUGGCGAAGUGUUCUGGUGGUGUGCUUUUACUUCAUGAUGAUUUUGGAGAGGCCUUUGGGGUCAACUUGCAGAGGGCGUCAACUAAAGCAGCUGGCUCUCAUGGCUUAUUUGAGAUUAGAUGUUCAGAUGGCAUGCUUGUCACUCAAGUAAUUGGCCCUGGUGAAGAGGCUUCUCCUGAUUCUCAUGAAACAUUCAAGCAUGACACUUCAUUUUGUAUCCAGAUGCAUAGUGUUGAGGGGACACAGAGUUUUUCCGUGUCUUUGGAGACAAAGGCAGAUAUCAGGAAUGAUUUCAUUUACUUCCAGUUUGCAGUCCGUUACUCUAAUAUGUAUCAAACAGAAAGCACAAGGGUGAUCACUAGCAGGCUGCAAACGGUUGAUGGUUUGUCUGCAUAUCUUUCAAGUGUGCAAGAAGAUGUAGCUUCAGUAAUCAUUGGUAAGAGAACUGUCUUGCGCGCCAGGACUGCCUCCGAUUCUCUUGACAUGAGGCUCACAAUUGACGAAAGAAUUAAGGACAUAGCUCUCAAAUUUGGUACCCAGGUUCCAAAAUCAAAGCUUUAUCGGUUCCCAAAAGAGCUGUCAUCACUCCCUGAGUGUUUGUUUCAUUUGAGAAGGGGGCCACUCUUAGGUAGCAUAAUAGGACAUGAAGAUGAAAGAUCAGUUCUGAGGAGUUUGUUCUUGAAUGCAUCAUUUGACCUCUCGCUCCGUAUGCUUGCACCUCGUUGUAUAAUGCAUCGAGAAGGUGGCACAUUUGAGGAGCUGCCAGCAUAUGAUCUGACCAUGCAAUCUAAUUGUGCAGUGGUACUGGAUCAUGGAACAGAUAUUUUCAUCUGGUUGGGUGCUGAACUAGCAACCCAAGAAGGACAAACUCAAGCAGCUUUGGCAGCAUGUCGUACGCUGGCAGAAGAGCUAAGUGAACUCCGUUUUCCAGCUCCCAGGAUACUUUCAUUCAGAGAAGGGAGCUCUCAGGCUAGAUACUUUGUCUCACGCCUGAUCCCAGCUCACAAGGACCCUACUUAUGAGCAGGAGUCGAGAUUUCCUCAGCUACGGACCCUUGCUCCUGAACUGAGGGCCAGGCUAAAGAGCAGCUUCAUCCACUUUGAUGACCCUAGCUUUUGCGAGUGGAUGCGCAGCCUCAAAUUGGUCCCGCCGGAACCAAGCUAAUGCAAAUAAUUGGAUGAGUGCAAUCAGAAACGAUUGUGGAUAGCCGAGGUUUGGUUUCAAACAGAGUUGCCAAACGAAAUCUGAAAACUUUGCGAGGUAACGCCUAAGGCCCAAACACUUGUUUGGGUUGAUGAAGCGGCAAUUUGUGUGAAGUGAAGCUGUAUAAUUUUGCCUGAUUAUUUUCUCUGAUGUGGUCGCGUAAAUGCAUUAUCUCUUGCCACACAGGCGCGCAAAAUUUUAGACAAUUAGAGCAUCGCUUGUGUUCUCCUGCCUUUGAAGAGUUUGUUGUAUGUCACAUAAUAGGAGUCUGUCCUGGCCAUUCAUUUGAUUCCUUUUACUCCUCGAGGCGAAUCUCAAUUCUCCAUUUGUACAACUUUUUUGUUUUGUUUUGAGAAAGUCCAUUUAUACAAUCA